UGAUCGACGCCAAGGAGGCAGCGGGCAGUGGGGACCUGGAGCUGGCCCUGCAGCUGUUCCGGCAGGCGGCCGCCAUCCGCCCCAGUGAGAAGCUACAGGGCCGCAUGCAACGACUGGAGGCAGCGUUGGCAGAGCUAGCGGCCACGGCAGAGGAGGAAGACGAUGAUGGCAACUUUGUGGAUGUGUGCGGCAGCGGCCUGCUGCUCUAUGGGGAGAUGCACGGGAAGCUCUUCCAGCACCAGCGGGAGGGAGUUGCCUUCCUGUACCGCCUGCACCGGGAGGGUCGACCUGGAGGGAUCCUGGCUGAUGAUAUGGGCCUGGGGAAGACCAUCCAGAUCAUCGCCUUCCUCUCAGGCAUGUUUGACAGUGAGCUCAUCCGGCACGUCCUGCUCAUCAUGCCCACCACCCUGAUCAGCAGCUGGCUGGCUGAGUUUGCUCGCUGGACCCCUGGUCUGCGUGUCAAGGAGUUCCAUGGCACGAGCAAGACAGAGCGCACCAGGAACCUGGAGAAGAUCCAGAGGAAGAAUGGCAUUGUCAUCACAAGCUACCAGAUGCUCGUUAACAACUGGAAGCAACUUGCCAGCUGCCACGGGCAGGACUUUAUCUGGGACUACAUCAUCCUUGACGAAGCACACAAAAUCAAGUGCCCGUCUAACAAAACAACAAAGUGUGUGUAUGCAAUUCCUGCCAAGCAUCGUCUCCUCCUCACAGGCACGCCGCUGCAGAACAACCUGCAGGAAAUGUGGUCCUUGUUUGACUUUGCAUGCCAGGGUUCUCUCUUAGGAACAGCCAAAACGUUUAGAAUGGAGUACGAAAAUCCUAUUACUAGGGCCAGGGAGAAGGAUGCAACUGCAGGCGAGAAAGCGCUGGGACUUAAGAUAUCUGAGAACCUAAUGACAAUUAUAAAGCCAUAUUUCCUCAGAAGGACUAAAGAUGAUAUUAAAAAAAAUCACGCUGAGAAAUCAGACACUCCUCUUCCUGAGGAUCCACGUGAGCCUAGUGCCCCUGUCAUGCCAUCUCUUACUAGGAAAAAUGACUUUGUUGUGUGGGUGUACUUGGCACCAGUGCAGGAAAAAAUCUACAGGAACUUUCUCUGUCUAGAUCACGUGAAAGAAUUGCUGACAACAACCCGAUCACCUUUGGCUGAGCUGACUGUCCUGAAGAAGCUGUGUGACCAUCCCAGGCUUCUGUCUGCAAGAGCAUGUACCCAGCUGGACUUAGAUGGACAGGAGCACUUGGAGCAGGAUCACGGGAGUGAAGCAGCUGUACUUUCAGGUGCCAACAAAAUAGAUCAUCUGUCUGAUGAGACCCUGAUCCAGGAGUCUGGGAAAAUGCUAUUUCUUUUAGGACUCUUAGAGAGACUGCGGGAGGAGGGGCACCGAACGCUGGUGUUCUCGCAGUCGAGGAAAAUGCUGGAUAUCAUCGAGCGAGUUUUGUCUAGCAGACGAUUUAAGAUCAUGCGCAUUGAUGGAACAGUGAGCCACCUAACAGAACGGGAGAAGCGCAUCAGUGCCUUCCAGAGUAACAGAGACUACUCUGUGUUUCUGCUGACGACACAGGUUGGUGGCGUUGGUAUCACCUUAACAGCAGCCAACCGAGUGGUGAUCUUUGAUCCCAGCUGGAAUCCAGCUACAGAUGCUCAGGCUGUAGAUAGAGCUUAUAGGAUUGGGCAGAAAGAGAACGUGGUGAUUUACAGGCUAAUUACCUGUGGUACAGUGGAAGAGAAAAUAUAUAGGCGGCAAGUAUUUAAGGAUUCAUUAAUAAGACAGACUACAGGUGACAAAAAGAACCCAUUCAGGUAUUUCUCCAAACAGGAACUAAGGGAGCUUUUCACAUUAGAAGAUACACGAACAUCCACAACUCAGAUCCAGCUGCAGUCUUUGCAUGCCACCCAAAGACAGACCGAUGUGCAGCUGGAUGAGCACAUUGCUUAUUUGCACUCUCUGGAAAUGUUUGGCAUAUCCGAUCAUGACUUAAUAUUUACAAGGGAAGUGACCCACGAGGAGCAGGCUGAGAGUGAGGAAGCCCAUCAGUACAUCCGACAGAGGGUGCAGAAGGCCCACGAACUGGUUCAGUUAGAGUCUCAGCUUAGAGAUGUGAGGAUGGAAGGGAUCCGAAAUGCUGCUGAGGAGACGUGGUCAAGACCACCAGAACUGGCUUCCCAGUCAAAGAAGAGAUCUCCUGGGUUGAACAAUAUCAAUAACUUUGUUUCACCGCCAGCAGCUGACAAAGGUGAAAAUGACAAAGUUAUUGAUCUUACAGAGGACAUGGAAGUCCAGGUUCUUGAUGUCAGCUCUAAGAUGACAAAUCUGACUAUUGAGUUAGGUGAAGAGAAACUGGCACAAGAGACAUCUGGUAUGGACUUAGAGCUAGUUACUAGCAGCAAGAAAAUGGAACAGCCCAAUAUACAAGAAUCUGAACAAAAUCUGGACUUGAACAGUGUACCACUAUCACCUGGACUUGGUCCACUUGAUAAAGAGACUCAAAUUCUUAAACAGAAACGAUGUUCUCUUUAUCACAUAAAUUCUGAUAGCUUGACUGAGGCUGGGAAUGGCCUGUCUGAGCCUUCUCAGCAUUCUUCUAACCAAUCUGCUAUGGCUGAUGAUCUCAAAAGGUUACGAGAUACAGAAAUGGCAGAUCAGGCACUUGACUCAUUUGCUGUCUCAGACACAGAGAAGAAUGAUGUUUCUGAGCUAGCUUUGUCUGCCCCACCACCAGAUUUAUCAGAUGUUUUACCAGAAGUCCAUGCUGAGGUCCAGAAGUAUCAUGUGGUGGAAACCAGUUUGGAGGAUAUGUCUGUGCCUUCUCUCCAGGAUCAAGUUGACUUCAAUCUGGUCCUGGAAGAGUCUGAAGGUGGAUUGCAGGAUGCCUCAAAUGGGGAGAGAUCAAUGGAGCACCCAGAAGAUGAGGGCUUCCAACUAAAAGCAGAAAGUCUGUGUAAAUCACCAGCAAAAACCUGCUUAAGUGAGAAUGGCAACUCUGGAAACCCCUGUCACACAGCUGAAGAAGAUCCAAAUAAUUCUUUGCAAGGGAGCAAAGCGUCAGAGGAAGGCAGCGCCAUCCUCGUUUCAGGUAGAAAGAAGCACAAGAGAAGGAUUGUUUCAGAUAGUGAGGACGAGGACUGUUUUGCUAUAAACCUGGAGGAAGAGCAGUUUGAUAAAAGGUCCUCUCCCCUGAACAGCCCUCUGCAUCAAUUUAUAGAAGGAAUUAGUGCAUCUACUCCUAAGGAUGACAGAAGUAUAGCAAAAGCCAUCUUUUCUCCCAAAUUAACUAACAGCAGUAACAGGUCUACAGCUUCCAGGAGAUCUCUCAUCAACAAGGUGGUGGAUGAAGUUGAGGAUAUUGGUGAAAUCAUGGGAAGCACAGAUGAAGAAGAAAACAGCGAUGAGGAGCAAGAAGGCUUUGCAGAAGAAGCAGCAGAAGAGUGUAGUGGGGAGUCUGCUGAGCCUGAAGAAGAACCUGCUGGAGAAACACUUAAUUCAACUGGAGAGUCCUUCCGUACAGAGGGUACGCAGUCUGAAGAUGAGACCAACUCAUCUCAGGAGGAAUCCACUGGUGAUGCAGAGCUUCAGUCAGGUGAGCAGCUGGAGUACUGCACCCAGGAAAGCGUCCCUGUCGAUCAGAGUUUCUGUGCCCCCUCAGGUAAUUACAGUACCUUGGUGGACAGAGGGAAGAACCUGAAGGACAAUGGAAAACUACAAGAGGCACUGAACUGUUUCCUGCAAGCUCUUGACAUAAAAAGUGGAGAUCCUGAAAUUAUGCUUAUGACUCUAAACUUGUAUAGACAGCUAGCCCAGAAAUGAAACGUAAACCUUUGAACAGUCUUAUGAAAUAUGUGUACCUCUGUUAAGUAGUUUAACUUUUUUCACAAAAUACUUGUCUGAACUACAGUGAUUGUUUUUUUAACUUAAGACUGAUGGCUGCAAUUUAUAUUUCUUUCAUGUUGUGAAACUUUCAGUCGUGCUUAGUGAGCAAAUCCAGCAACUCCUCCUGUCGUGUAAGAAACAGUCACAUUUUAGGUGCUGGGAAAGGGGUUUCACUGUGGACUCAGUUCACUAAGAUGAAAGUUCACAUUCCUGUUUACUUAAUUAAAAUGCAUAUCUUU